CCCCCUUUCCCACUUCCCAUCAGUAUUGACUGGCACGCUUACAUAAGCCUCGUAGUCUGGCGUUGCGAUAAACAAAGUGCACCAUGUACGUGCAGAGAUUGCUCGGAAGCGGAACCGGUGACGGAUUAUCCUCCGCUAAUUUCUUAGCAUCAUAGCCCUUUUAAUCAAAAAAACUACAAAACGUUAGAGGAUGCCAUCAAAAAAAAAAAAUAAAGAACACAAAAUUAAUGGAAAAGAAAAGAAAAAGGACAUUCAGUCUUUUAAAAAAGAUGUGGAAACUGACAAUCAUAAAAUAUCUGUAGACGAACUAUUAGAGCGCCUAAAGACAGAUCCUAACAGGGGAUUGUCUUUUGCUGAGGCCAAGUUAAGAUUGGAAAUAAAUGGCCCUAACAUACUUACGCCGCAGCCUCCAACACCAAAAUGGAUUGUUUUCUUAAAAACCAUGUUUGGUGGAUUCGCAAUACUACUUUGGGCAGGAUCUUUUCUUUGUUUUGUCGGAUAUCUUAUACAAUUACAAACCCAGCACGAACCACCAGAUGACAAUCUCUAUCUUGGCAUUGCAUUGACUGUUUUGGUAAUAGUCACAGGGUUAUUUACAUAUUUUCAGGUUCAUAAAUCCUCUUCUAUAAUGGAUUCAUUUAAAAACCUUGUUCCACAAUACGCUACAGUUAUACGAGAAGGAGAAGUAAACACAGUAACUUCAGACGAACUAGUAAAAGGAGAUAUUGUGGAAAUUAAAUUUGGUGAUAGGGUACCCGCUGACAUUCGAAUAUUGGAAGCUCAUGGACUUAAAGUGGAUAACUCUUCCUUGACUGGAGAAUCCGAGCCUCAAGUGAGAUCUACAGAGUUUACACAUGAAAACCCUUUGGAAACAAAGAACUUGGCUUUCUUCUCUACAAACGUACUCGAAGGUACCUGCCGAGGUGUUGUCAUUGCAACUGGGGACAAUACAGUAAUGGGACGUAUAGCAAACUUAGCGGCAGGACUGGACGAUGUUCAGUCACCCAUUUCCCGGGAAAUUCAACUUUUUAUUCGGUUUAUUACAAUAUUUGCAGUAAUACUAGGACUAUCUUUUUUUGCGAUAAGUUUAACAUUAGGUUAUGAAUUUAUUGAUGCAGUUGUGUUUCUUAUAGGCAUUAUAGUCGCAAACGUACCAGAGGGCUUACUCGUAACUGUUACCGUAUGUUUAACCCUUACUGCAAAGCGCAUGGCAUCCAAAAAUUGUUUGGUUAAGAACUUGGAAGCUGUCGAGACAUUGGGUUCGACAUCAACAAUUUGUUCAGACAAAACAGGAACCCUGACUCAAAAUCGAAUGACUGUUGCUCACUUAUGGUAUGAUCAAAUAAUUGUUGAAUCUGACACUACUGAAUCUUUUCGAGGAUCCCAUUUUAAAAUUGAGGAUAAAUCUUUUAAUGCUCUUUUUAUGUGUGCCGCACUUUGCAAUUCCGCUGAAUUUAAAGGUGGUCAAGAUGAUAUACCCGUAUUUAAAAAAGAUGUCAAUGGCAACGCAUCAGAGGCUGCUCUUUUAAAGUUCACCGAAACUAUUUCUGGAGGUAUUAGUGCUUUUCGUCAAAAGCAUAUCAAAUUGACCGAAAUUCCCUUUAAUUCAACGGAAAAAUAUCAAGUUUCUGUUCACGAAUUUAAUUCAGGAGAUGGAUACUUUAUAGUUGAGAUGAAAGGAGCACCAGAGAGAAUAUUGGAUCGCUGUAGUACGAUACUAAUUCAAGGGCAGUCUGUAGAACUUACACCUGCAUUAAAAUUGGAAUUCGAAGAAGCUUAUUUGGAAAUGGGCGGUAUGGGCGAAAGAGUAUUGGGAUUUGCUGACCUUAUACUUCCCAUGUCUAAAUACCCAAUUUCUUACGAGUUCAACGCAGAUCCUCCAAAUUUUCCAUUAGAAAAUCUUCGUUUUCUGGGAUUAAUAUCAUUAAUAGACCCGCCACGAGCAGCCGUUCCAGACGCAGUUGCAAAGUGCCGUUCAGCAGGUGUACGUGUAAUCAUGGUAACUGGAGAUCACCCUAUCACAGCUAAAGCCAUAGCCCGCAGUGUGGGCAUAAUUACAACGCCUACUGCAGAGGACAUUGCCAAACAACGUGGCGUCACAGUUCUCGACAUCGAUCCCCGACAAGCCACUGCCAUUGUGGUCCACGGUGGUGAGCUUCGGGAGAUGAAAGCUGAAGAGUUAGACGCUGUGAUAUACUAUCAUAAUGAAAUCGUUUUUGCCCGAACCUCUCCGCAGCAAAAGCUUAUAAUCGUAGAAGCUUGCCAAAGACGUGGUGAAAUCGUUGCUGUAACUGGCGAUGGUGUGAAUGACUCUCCAGCACUGAAAAGAGCCGAUAUUGGCGUUGCAAUGGGUAUUUCUGGAUCUGACGUUUCCAAGCAGGCGGCAGAUAUGAUUCUAUUGGAUGACAAUUUUGCGUCCAUUGUUGUUGGCAUUGAAGAGGGGCGGAUUAUUUUCGAUAAUCUUAAAAAGUCCAUCGCAUAUACCCUGACUUCAAAUCUUCCUGAAAUAGUGCCGUUUUUAUUUUUUGUGAUAUUUGAUAUACCUCUAGCUCUAGGCACUAUAGCAAUCCUAUGCAUCGAUAUCGGCACUGACAUGCUUCCGGCAAUAUCGCUAGCUUAUGAAAAAGCUGAAUCUGAUAUAAUGGCGCGUAUGCCAAGAGAUCCGUUUGAAGACCGUUUGGUAAAUAAAAAGUUAAUUCUAAUGGCUUACUUGCAAAUUGGAGUUAUACAAACGGUUGCAUGUUUCUUUACUUUUUUUGCUAUAAUGGCAGAACAUGGAUUUCCCCCCUCCAGACUUAAGGGAAUUCGAGAAGACUGGGACUCAAAAAAUGUAGAAGACCUUGAAGAUGGCUACGGACAAGAAUGGACCUACAGGGAACGUAAAGUUCUUGAAUAUACAGCAGGCACCGGGUUUUUUGUGUCGAUUGUUGUGACACAGGUUUUCGACCUUUUAAUAUGCAAAACUCGUCGAAACUCAAUACUUCAACAAGGUAUGGGCAAUCAUGUACUUAACUUCGCUUUGGUUCUGGAAUUCAUCAUUGCCUGUCUACUUUGCUAUGUUCCAGUAUUUGAAAAAACAUUGAGAAUGUAUUCCAUCAAAUUUAUUUGGUGGAUAUAUGCGUUCCCCUUUGGUCUGUUAAUUUUCUUUUUUGAUGAGAGUCGUCGAUUUCUAAUAAGAAGAAAUCCAGGUGGCUGGGUGGAACAAGAAACUUAUUAUUAAUUACAGCUAUGUAUCCAGUUACACCAAUAAAUUUCCGUCGCCGUACUUGUUUAUCUUAA